CAUCGAUGACUGAAUAUGCCAAUGUGGGUGUUGUUAAUUAUCAACUGAAUACGGAUCAUCGCCAAUACUUUGGCGUUUGUUUGUUUGUUUAUUGAAUAGCAAUAAAAAAUACAUAAAAGAUGCCGCGAAUUAUGAUAAAAGGUGGUGUCUGGCGAAACACCGAGGAUGAAAUCUUGAAAGCUGCUGUUAUGAAAUAUGGCAAAAAUCAGUGGAGUCGGAUAGCAUCACUCUUACACAGAAAAUCUGCCAAACAAUGUAAAGCACGUUGGUUUGAAUGGUUGGAUCCAAGUAUCAAGAAGACAGAAUGGAGCAGAGAAGAAGAUGAAAAACUAUUACAUCUUGCCAAAUUGAUGCCGACACAAUGGAGAACCAUUGCACCAAUUAUUGGACGUACAGCUGCACAAUGUUUAGAACGCUAUGAAUAUUUACUUGAUCAAGCUCAGAAAAAAGAAGAAGGAGAUGAUGCUGCAGAUGAUCCUCGUAAACUUAAACCUGGAGAAAUUGAUCCAAAUCCGGAAACAAAACCUGCUAGACCUGAUCCUAAAGAUAUGGAUGAAGAUGAAUUGGAGAUGUUGUCUGAGGCACGUGCGAGGCUUGCAAAUACUCAGGGCAAAAAGGCAAAACGUAAAGCCAGGGAGAAACAAUUAGAGGAAGCUCGCAGACUUGCAGCCUUACAAAAACGCAGAGAAUUGAGGGCUGCUGGUAUUACUGUAUCACAGAAGAACAAACGGAAGCGCGGAGUUAAUUACAAUUCUGAAAUUCCGUUUGAGAAACGACCUGCCUCCGGAUUUUAUGACACUUCCAAUGAGCAUGUCGAUCCACUUGCCAUUGAUUUCUCUAGAAUGAGACAGCAACAUUUGGAUGGGGAAUUGAGGCAGGAAAAAGAAGAAAUGGAACGCAGAAAAGACAAACAAAAGUUAAAACAACGCAAAGAGAAUGAUAUUCCAAUGGGAAUGCUCAACAAUGAAGAGCCAAUAAAGAAACGGAGUAAACUCGUUUUACCAGAACCACAGAUAUCUGACCAAGAAUUGCAGCAAGUUGUUAAGCUUGGGAGGGCAUCAGAGGUUGCUCGCGAAGUUGCAACUGAAAGUGGUAUUACAUUAUCAGACAGUUUACUGGCUGAUUAUUCUUUACCAACAAAUGCAGCUGCAACUCCUCGUACACCAGCUGCUACAGACAGAAUUCUUCAAGAAGCUCAAAAUGUUAUGGCCCUUACUCACGUUGAUACUCCUUUAAAAGGUGGAUUAAAUACUCCGCUAACUAAUUCAGAUUUUACUGGCGUUGUUCCUUCUGCAAAUGCUGUAGCUACUCCAAACACAAUUCUGGCUACACCUUUUCGCUCACAACGAAGUGACGGAACUCCGGCUAAUUCUUUUAACACGCCAGUGUCUACACGAACGCAAAACGGAGUUCUGACGGCUACACCAGUUCGCGAUAAGCUCAGUAUUAAUCCGGAUGAGAAUAUGGACGGUUCAGAAACUCCUUUAAUUCAGAAACAAGUGAAAGAACAGUUACGUGCUGGCCUUAGUGCUCUUCCAACACCACGUAACGAUUACGAAAUCGUUGUUCCUGAAGGGUUGUGUAAUCAUUUGAGUACAAAACAUCUUGGAAAAAAGGAAUUAUCUCGCAGAUCACAAGUCAUACAACGAGAUUUACCACGACCGGUUGAUGUAAACAUGAAUACUUUAAGGCCAUUUAUGGACACUCCCUUAACAGAUUUGCAAAGAGCAGAGGAACUAAUUAAAAGAGAAAUGAUUACAAUGAUGCAAUAUGAUGCACUACAAAAUCCGGUACAACAAAAUCGUAAGGGUGCCUCAAAUUCAGUAGCUCAGGCACAGAGUUAUUUAGAGCAACAUCCGUAUAUUAAUUUCGAAGAAGAAGAACUUACAGCUGCCAAAAGUCUCUUAAGUGAUGAAAUGGCAGUUGUAAAGGAAGGUAUGGCACAUGGAGAACUUAGUUUAGACUCAUAUACAACUGUAUGGGAAGAGUGCUUGUCCCAGAUUUUGUAUCUGGAGACACAAAAACGGUAUACACGUGCAACGUUAGCUUCGAAAAAAGACCGAGUGGAAGCAUGUGAAAGAAAAUUGGAAGAAAAUCGUAUGCACAUGACUGGAGAAGCUAAGCGAGCUGCCAGAAUGGAAAAGAAAUUGAAAGUUCUCACUGGAGGAUACCAGACUAGAGCACAGGUAUUGACGAAACAGUUACAUGAUUUAUGGGAACAAAUAGAACAAGCGCAUUUAGAACUUUCGACGUUUAAGUUUCUGCAAACGCAAGAAGAAGCAGCGGUACCAAGACGAGUAAAUGCGCUUAUGGAAGACGUUAAUAGACAAACAGAACGAGAACGCGUAUUACAAACGCGAUAUGCCCAAUUGCAAGAACAGAUGCAACAGUGUUGAAUAUUGUUCAGAUAAUUCAUUGUAAUAUACGAACUAUAAGAAGAAAUAUAAGAAUCUAAUUUGUACACUUGAAGAAAAUAUAUAUAAGUCAUAC